CUUUGACAAUUACCACGAUUACCCCAGGAGUGCUUUGUCCUUCAUUAUAACUAUACUCCGUCGUUCUCUUCUUCUGUACACUUUAUUGACGACCUAUUCUCUCAUAAUGAGUGCUACGUCCCCAUACAGAGACUACUUUCGUCGUCGGACCAUCGGUCGAGCAGCAUCUCCACCGACCUGGGCAUGUUACGAACAAAUCUCGUAUGACGAUGAGUGCAGUGACAGCUACUCUGAUUCCUGCUCAGAGGAUGAUGAAGACUAUGGAAGAGGGGGAGCUGCAGACGACGACGAGAGUGACUCGGAUGAGGAACACGUUGCACCCAUGAGGGAUGGUCAUGUAGACGAUACCAAUGAUAUCGACAUGGAUAUGGAUGGUGAGGUUGAUGCGGCCACGGCGAAGAAAGUUGUAGAUGCCGGUAAAGACGUGAAGGGAAAACAGAAGGCUGUUGAUUCCAACCCCACAGAGCAUGAGCCCGACAAUAGCGACAGGCGACAACGCAGAAGGCCUCAGCAUGUUGUACGUCCUCUUCGACCUAUUCUGACUAUUCAUAGAAGUCAAGGGUUUGUUUGGAACCAAGUGAGUCGCUCAUGGUAUCGCAGUUGAGGUUGCUGAAUCCUAUUUUCACGCGUCAGGAUCUAUUCAUCCCGCCAUAUAUCAAAGACAGAUACGUGGCGUCGUCCCCACCAAAUUCUUUUGGUUUUGUGUCAACUUCGGUGUCCUCGACCAACUCUACACUCAGUGAUUACGAAGUAGAAGUCGUUGAGAUUCGGGUGCAGGAAGGAGAGCUCAAACGCAUCAUUCCAUAGAUGAACACUGGUAGACUAGGUACACCGCGACCCCAUAUUAUUUAUCUGGACGAAUUUAUCCUCUGUCUCUAUAGCUACUAUCAUUGCUGCCAUGUAUUGUUAUAGAAGUCAUCUCUUCUCAUUCAAAGUUCCAAACCUUCUUUAAUUCAAUCCAAAUUCUUUCGAGGUUCGAAGAUAUAUGUUACGCAAGUUGAACUUGAACCAGAAAAUAAAGGGACCUUGGACCUUAGUCAUCGC